AUGGCUCCCGGUUUGUUCCAGUUUUCACGCACUGAUUCACUUGAAGUUUCAUUUUUCCGUAUCUGCAAAUGGAUUCUAAGAUUUCUUGGUUUCUGGCCACCAGAUCCAUUAAAUCGUCGAACAAUAAUUAAAAUAGUUAUCAAUCUAACACUUUUGGGUGUGGCAGUUAUUGGAGAAAUUCGAUUGGCAUGGAUUUUGGGAACAAGGGAUCCCCUUCAAGCCCUCGAUGUAAUUUGUCCGUUUUUAACGAAAAUGGUAACCUGGAUGAAAUUGGUUUGUUUUCUUAUUUAUCGUAAAGAAUUGGAACUUAUUUUGAAAGAUCUAUUUGAACAUUGUAAAAAAGAUACUAAAAACUUUGAAAAGAACUCAAUGAUUGCUAAGGUUUCUCAUUUUAUAUCGAAAUGGUGUGUUGUUCUUUAUUUAAAUCAUUUAUUUACAAGUUGUUUAUUUGCCUUGAAGCCUCUAAUAGUUUGGGGAUAUCAAUACUUUGUAAAAGAAGAUAGAAAUAUCUGGGUUUCUUUGCCAUUUCAAGCUGCACUUCCAUAUGAAGAUAUGACUCAAGUAAAUGACAAAACUUUGUACACGUUUAUUUAUUGCUGUCUGGCUCAUACUGGAACUGUUACAAUAUUUGGACUUUCUGGAGUAGAGGGAACUUUUUUAAGCUUUUGCAUGUAUAUUUCAGUUUCGUAUGAAUGUCUUCAAGAAGACUUUAAAAUGACCGUUAAAAGUCAUACUUUAAAUAAUAUCAAACCUAUGAAUAAUGAUGUCCUUUACAACGAUCUAACAAAACUCAUUAGACGCCAACAAAAUAUUAUUGAAAUAUUUAAAAGAUUCAAUCAAGUUUACAAAUUUAUGGUAUUUUUCCAUUUUGUAUUUGCGAGCAUCACGUUGGGAAUUGUUUUGGUUAAUCUUCUAUUGAUUUCCGGAAUAUCCAAAUUAAUUUAUCUAAGCUAUGCUUUAGGGGCAGGAAAUCAACUUUUCACAUAUUGCUAUGGUGUUGAAAGUGUUAACAAAAAUUGCUUCAAAUUAACUGAAGUGUUGUACUUUAGCGAUUGGUAUAAAUGCAACAAGAAAGUCAAACAUUUGAUUCUCUUUGUUUUGAUUAAAUCACAAGAAGGAAGUGCUUUGAAGGUGCCAUUUUUUUCGCCAUCUUUAAAACUUUUUGCUUCAAUUAUUCAGACAUCUGGAUCUUAUUUUACAAUUCUACAAGCAGUUUUAUAAAUACUAAAA